AACCACAAGCUCAGCGUGGUUCACAAACACCUUCUUUCAGACGCUUAUCUGCCUUACAAUACAAAUAAAAAUCCCUUAUUUUCUUCUUAUUUCAAGCACCUCUGAUGCUUCCUUUUUUCCAUUGUCUCUCUGCUUUCAAAAUUUCCAAAUCCAAUUUUUCCAUUACUUCUUUUCUUGAUUUCGAGUUUUACCCAUUGAGUAUUUCAUUUAUUGAAAUCACUUCUAUUUUCUUGCAAGGUUUUAGUUUUCUCUUUCUGCUCUUUCAACUUGUGUUGAUUCUUAAUUUUUGAAAGUAACAGGGACAAAUUUUUUUCAGUUCCCUGUUUCCUUCACAAUCAUUGUCUUUUCAAAGUCCUCUGUUCUCUCCACAAAAAUUUCUCUAUAAACCAUGGAAAGUAUGCAGGCAAAUAAUGCUACUUUUGGGUUCACCAAUAUUGGAUCCUCACUUUCUCAACUUAUAUUAGCUGGAGGCAACAGCAACACUUUAGAUUCAAUCUUCUCCCAUUGCUCAUCAGAAUCCACAAUUGCCUGUCCUGUUUUUGAGCCUUUAGGCUCUUCAGUUUAUCUCCGCCAGAGAGAUCUCUUGCAAAAAUUUUCUGAAGAAAACAGAGCAACCAGUACUAUUACUAGCAGUAAUAGUUAUUUUUCUAGCAACUUGCCAACAAACCCCCUUGAAAACUCCAUCCGGACAAGCAAUUAUUUAGCUCCAAGCAAGAAGAAAUUAUACAGAGGAGUGAGGCAGAGACAUUGGGGCAAAUGGGUUGCUGAAAUUAGACUACCUCAAAACAGAAUGAGAGUCUGGUUAGGUACUUAUGAUACUGCAGAAGCUGCAGCUUAUGCUUAUGAUCGUGCAGCUUAUAAGCUUAGAGGCGAAUAUGCACGAUUAAAUUUCCCAAAUCUUAAAGAUCCAAGCAAGUUAGGACUCAUCGAUUGUAACAGAUUAAAUGCUUUGAAAACUUCAGUUGAUGCUAAGAUUCAAGCUAUUUGUCAAAAGGUGAGAAGAGAAAGGGCCAAGAGGACUGCAGCCAAGAAGAGUAAUCUUAAUGGUAAUGGUUGUGCGAGUGAAAAUAAAGGAGUGAAGGUUGAUUCAAGUUCACCAUCUUUGUUUCCAUCUGCAUCUGCAUCUCAAUCAUCAUCAUCUUUAUCACCUACUGUUAGCGAAUUGGUUUCACCAACUAUUUCUGAAGAUGGGUUUUGGAAGUGUGAAAAUUCUCCUCCUUCUGUUUCUACAGAUUGUUCAAUUCUAGUGCCACAAGUAAUGGAAUUUGAAGACUGUUCACUUGCAAGAAUGCCUUCAUUCGAUCCUGAGUUGAUCUGGGCAGUUCUUGCUAUCUAGAGGGGCCAUCUCGUGUCAGAAUAUAUGAUUCCUGAGAGAGGAUUCUCGAUAGCCAUAUAUAUUCUUUUGUCUCUGCAUGUUCGGAUAGUAUUUAAGUGUAAAUGGUAGUUUUAGGACUAUCUAAGUAUGGUAUAUUGUAGAGUUUGUUUCUGUUUCAGCUCAAAAGGUUCUUGUGCCUUUGUUUUUGUAUGGAGGCUUUCAAGACUGAGAAGUCGAGUCCAUUGAGAUAGUAAUUACUUUUGAGUAAUUGAGAAAUAUUUAAGUUUCUUCCUUUCUA